AAAUGUGAUGAAACUGGGUUUACUUCUAGGUGAAGUCGAGUUUUUUUUUAAAGUUUUUUUAAAGCAUUUAAAAACAGUAUUUGACUAGAAGGAAGAACCAGUGGGAAGCAGAAGAGAAAGACCCAGAUCUGAAACUUCUCCUUUUUUUGUUCAUCUGUGUUGAGUGUUUUUUGUUUUUUGGUUUUUUUUGGGGUCAUUUUUAUCUGGGGGAGAGAUGAAAGAGUAGAAUUGUAUUCAUAGAUAUCCAUGCACAAUAGACUUAGAAAUUUCAGAAAGGAAAACCCAAGUCUCGUUCAAACUGAAGCUCAACAUCAUUAUAUGAUCUGACCUUUUAUCCAAAAUGCCGCACCCUUUUUUCCAUAAGCUUAUUCUCCCCACCACCCUUCAAGAAAAGAAACUGAGGAUCCCUGAUAACUUUGUUAAGAAAUUCAGGGAUGAACUUUCUGUUGCUGCUGCUCUCACUGUUCCUGACGGUCAUGUUUGGCGUGUAGGAAUAAAGAAAGCCGACGACAAGGUUUGGUUUCAGGAAGGUUGGCUGGAGUUUCUAGUGCGUUACUAUAUCUGUGUUGGCUACGUUUUGGUUUUCAGAUACGAGGGAAAUUCUGCUUUCAGUGUUAGUAUAUUUAAUUUGUACAACUCAGAAAUAAACUAUCACACUAACGCCCUUGUUGGUGCUCAAUACAAUCACGGAAAACAAUAUCCAUUUGAGCAACUUGAAGAUGAUGAAUGCAUAUCUCCAGCACUGCAGAAUUUGUUUGGUGGGUCUAAACUUAACAACUGCAUAAACUGGGGUGGUGGCGUUAACCUUCAAACUUCAAAGGGUGUGAAUAAUCAAGUUAUACGAGGUGCAAUGCCAUCAGAACCAAAAAAGCGUGGGAGGAAGCGGAAAGUUGAUCCUAACAUACAGGAGUCAUCCGCUGGACAUGUAGAUGAUGCUGAUAUGCGCAUUAAAUGUUACGAAAGUGCUUCAGCCCGGAAGAGAACUGUGACAGCUGAAGAAAGAGAGAGAGCAAUUAAUGCAGCCAAAGCAUUUGAGCCUGCUAACCCUUUCUGCAGGGUCGUCUUGCGACCAUCAUAUUUAUACAGGGGGUGUAUUAUGUACUUACCAUCCUGCUUUGCUGAGAAACAUCUAAGUGGGGUUUCCGGAUCCAUUAAACUUCAGCUUCCUGAUGGGAGGCAGUGGUCAGUACGAUGUCUUUAUAAAGGAGGCAAGGCUAAGUUCAGCCGGGGAUGGUACGAAUUCACGCUGGAGAAUAAUUUGGGAGAAGGGGAUGUGUGCAUCUUUGAACUGCUGAGGGAGAAGGAAUUCGUGCUAAAAGUUACUGUAUUUCGUGUAAUGGAAAGUGCUGGACUAAUGCACCGGUCUCACUUAAAUGCCAGCUGAGUUAAACCAGCUUAGAUCAUAGAGAGCUGGAAAUGUCAGAAAUGUCAAAACUCUGUUUCUUUUCUUCUCAGGGGACGGUGUAACCGACCUGGUACCAUAAGUCAUUAGCUGCUGUGUGUUGUUUUGAUGUCCAUCAGCUUUAUCGGGACAUUUGGCUGAUUAAGAUAGUGGAUACAAAAGUUUUCUGGCUUGACUAGAUUUGUAAAUAAAUUUCUCCGAUGAAGUCGACUUUUAGUCGGGUUUGAAAAUGGCCCUUAGACUUGGUUUUUGUGGUCUUGCUUGAUUGGUUUGAAGUCGAAAUUUCCUUUCACU